UCUGCUCUCACCGCACUGGUCCUUGCGACCGUGCUGUUCUUCGCGGCUGGCGAUGCCGCAGCAAACCAAUACACUGUCUGGGCGACGAGUAUCUUCCACCGAACAGGGGAGCGCACGCCUGAGGUGCUCGGCUACAUUCCAACCACUCUUACCAGCUAUGGCGCGCAACAGGUGCAUAAUUCAGGAACUUUUUUCCGCCAGCGCCACGUAUCUUCGGCCAGCACAAACCCGGUGAACAGUGCACCAAUUCAAGGCCUCAGCAGCAACCGCGUUGAUAAUCUGCAGGUCUUCGUUGGUGCGCUGGACGAGCAAUGGACUGUUGCCAGCGCGCAAGCCUUCCUGCAGGGUUUGUACCCACCAUACACUCUCAACGCUAGCACGGCGUCGUUGCUUGACCCUACGAGCAUUCUUGCGAAUGGCACCUACGUCGAGAACCCGCUGUCAGGCUAUCAGUACGGUCAAGUGCACAGCUUCGGUGGUUACGACCCAGAAUUCCCGUAUUUGGGCGGUUCGCUAGACUGUCCCGCUUUCGAUAUCGCCGCCGUUGAGUAUGCCAACACGCCGCAGUUCGCAGCUGUUGAGGCAGAGUCUCGGCACAUCUACCAAGCGAUCGGUCAGCCGCUUCUGAGGAGCGUGCUUAAUCCAUCAGCGUGGGACUAUUUCAAUGCUUACGCCAUUUAUGACUAUUUGAACUACCAGAGAUCACACAAUGCCACCGUUGCCGCCUUGCUCAGUCAGCCACAGUACAUUAACGCUACGACGAAGGUCAGCUAUUUCGAUCAGCUCCGCUGGUAUGCGGACCACCAGCAAUGGGCGCAACUCACUAAUCUGACGGCACAAAACAACUAUACAGGCAAGAGCGAGGCACUUCCGGGCAGGAUUAAGGGCUCUAUAUCGACGAUUGCGGGUAACUUGCUGGCGGCGAAAAUGCUCGCUCAGCUGCAGGUUGCGAUCCAGACCAGCGGCAGCUAUUACAAGUUCUCUGCGCUGUUCGGCGAUUUCGAGCCUAUGGUCAGUCUGUUCGCGCUCCUUGGCCUGCCGAACAUCAACAGCAACUUCUACGGUAUUCCAGACUUCGGAUCGGUUGCGGUCUUCGAACUCUUCUCCUACACCAACAACAGCAUGAGUAUGCUAUUUCCAUCGACCAGUGACUUGUGGGUACGAUUUUACUUCCGCAACGGCUCUGGCGGAACGAAUGAGACGAGCGGCAACUACCAGUCGUACCCUAUAUUCAACCGUGGGCCCAGUCAAACCGAUAUGACGUGGCAUGACUUCCAAACCGGCAUGUACGGCAUCCUUCUUGCGGACAUUGGGAGUUGGUGUACCCAGUGUGGCGCGACGAACCUCUUCUGCGCGGCGUGGAACAGCUCCGAUGCAACAACGAACACGACUGACUCAACGACCUUCACCACGCAGCGCCAAAUGAAGCCGGCGAUUGCGGGUGUUAUAGGCGCAGUUGUCACCCUCGUGGUUGCUGGCCUGGUGUUUGCGCUCGCCAUGCUGGUUGGCGGUGUGCGCUUUCACCGAACGGAGAGAAGGUCUAGAAGCGAGCUUGGCGGGUUCAAGGGCAGCCAAAAGCUGGCUUCAGACAGAGACCUGACCAAUGUACCGAAAGGCGGGGCAACAGUCGGCGCAUCAAUAGAGCGGUCGCCGGACAGUCCUCUCAGCCCGAUCGGACACGAGAGAGUCGGCAGCUGGGAGCUAAAG